AUGUUAAAGCUAGUAUUAGAUUUGAAAGAGGAAGGGGGAGUAGACGUAGGGGGGUUUGGUGGAGUUCCAUCAUUCUACUUUGGUGAGCCAGAAUACAAGGUUGAUGAGAAUUCUCCGUUCAUUGAGGUCACCGUCUUCAGGACAGGAACCGAUGUAUCCAAGAUGGCCUCCAUCACUGUCCGAUCCCGUGCCUCCAACCCUGUCUCUGCUGUUGCUGGUGAAGACUAUGCUGGUAUCAGCCGCAACCUGGACUUUGCUCCAGGAGUCAACCAACAGACUGUCAAGGUCUACAUCAUCGAUGACCGUGGUCAGCCCCGUCUUGAAGGACCAGAGACCUUUGAGCUUGUCCUCAACAUGCCAAUGAAUGGUGUCCUUGGAGCCCCAUCAAAGACAGUCAUCACCAUCAAUGAUACCAUCUCUGAUUUGCCUAAGGUUGAAUUCAGACACCCAACUUACGAAGUCAACGAGAAUGACAUCAGAAUCACUGCUGAGGUUGUCCGCUCUGGAGAUCUGUCUAUCGAGAGCUCUGUCCGCUGCUACACCCGGCAAGGAUCCGCUCAGGUUAUGAUGGAUUACGAUGAGAGACCAAACACUGAGGCUUCCAUCAUCACCUUCUUGCCUGGUGAAAGGAGCAAGACCUGCACAGUUCUACUGAUGGAUGACAAUGUCUUUGAGCCUGAUGAAGCCUUCCGUCUUGUUCUUGGAUCUCCACGUACCGCUUCAGGUGUCCCUGCUGUCGUUGGUGAACAGAAUGUAACAGUUGUUACCGUCCACGAUGUUGGAGAUGCUCCAAUCAUUAAGUUCCCUGAGACCAAGUUCAGCAUUGAUGAACCCACCGAUCUAGACUCUGUUGUUACCGUCUCCAUCCCUGUCAUCCGUAUGGGAGACAACACUCAGACCUCCAUCGUCCGUGUAUUCACCAAGGAUGGUUCAGCCAGGAGUGGUAUGGACUACAACCCUCUCUCGCAAGUGCUUGAGUUUGGAUUCAAUGUCACCGAGCGUGUUGUUGAGAUUGAGAUCCUCCCAGAUGAAGAUAGGAAUGAGAUGAGAGAGGCUUUCACCCUUCACAUCACCAACGAUCAAAUGAUGAUUGCUGACGUACAGAUGAACCAUGCCAUCAUCUACAUUGAGCAAGAAGGCCAGGCCUCCGGAGUCACCUUCCCAUCCCAGCCUGUGGUUGUCUCCCUCCUUGAUUACGAUGAUAUCCCCAAUGCCAGGACCUACCCACCAAGAGGUUACCCACUCAUCUGUGUGUCUCCUUGCAACCCCAAAUACCCUGACUUUGCUACCACUGGUCCCAUCUGUGACUCUGAGGGUCUUAACGACACUGUUACCCAGUUCAGAUGGAUGGUAUCUGCACCCACUUCAGAGUCUGGUGUGACCUCUCCUCUCAGGCAAGCUGAUAGUGAUACCUUCUUCAGCUCCACUAAGAGUAUCACCCUUGACAGUGUCUACUUCGGACCUGGCUCUCGUGUUCAGUGUGUUGCCCGUGCCGUCGGAUCAGAAGGUGAUGCCGGCCGUGAACACCCAAGUAAUGCCAUUGUUAUCAGCACCACAGAUGGAAUGUGUAUGCCACGAGUUGCCAACGCCAUCGGUGCCGAGCCAUUCACCGCCAGGAUGCGCUACACCGGACCUGCUGACCCUGACUACCCCAACAAAGUUCGUCUGACUGUCACCAUGCCUCAUGUCGAUGGUAUGCUUCCAGUCAUCUCCACCCGUCAGCUAUCUAACUUUGAGCUUGCCCUCAGCAAGGAUGGCUACCGUGUAGGAACCCACCGUUGCUCCAAUCUUCUGGACUACAAUGAAAUCCCAACAGACUAUGGCUUCAUCACUGAGGAGACCAAGAACCCCAAUGUCGUUGGAGACACCUAUGCUUACCAAUACUCCCCAGAGAUCCGUGGAGAAGAGACCCUUCGAUUCUACCGUAACUUGAACCUUGAGGCUUGUCUUUGGGAGUUCAAUGCUUACUAUGAUAUGUCAGAGCUUCUGGAUGAGUGCGGUGGUUUGGUUGGAACUGAUGGACAGGUUCUAGAUCUUGUUCAGUCCUACGUGAGCAUGAGGAUCCCACUCUUCGUCUCUUUCGUCUUCCACUCACCUGUUGCUACUGGAGGCUGGAAGCACUUUGACCAACAGUCUACCCUGCAGCUUACCUUUGUCUACGACACCUCUAUCCUCUGGCAGAACGGAAUUGGAUCUCAGGUCACAACUGGAACUCAGUCACUCCAAGGAAACCUGUACCCAACCAGCAUGAGGAUUGAUGAGGAUGGCCGGCUUGUUGUCAACUUCAGGACUGAGGCUCUCUUCAAUGGUCUCUUUGUCCAGUCACAUGAAUCUACCGAUGUUGUAUCUACUGUGAACUCCAUCGAUAAUCCAGGAAUCACCUACUCACUGUCUCUUCUUAGGACUGAACCAACCUAUGCUCAGCCCGAACAGCUCUGGCAGUUCGUCUCUGAUCUAUCUGUAUCAGACUACAGUGGAAUGUACACCAUCCAGCUGAUUCCUUGCACCACUCUACCUAAUACCAUCUACAGCCAACCACCCGUCUGUAACCCUGAGGAUAUCAUCACCUUCGAGCUCCCCAUCAGAUUCCAACAGGUCAGUGACCCAGUUCCUGAGGAGUACAGUCUGAACACUGAAUUUGUCCUUGUUGGCAAGGAAUCCAUCUACCUGUCUGACGGUUCAAUGGGCUUCGGAGAGGGCAGUGAUGUCGCCUACAACCCAGGUGACACCAUCUUUGGACGUAUCCACGUCGACCCUGUCCAAAACCUUGGUGCCGGAUUCAACCUUGAUAUCCAGAAGGUAUUCCUGUGUACCGGACGUGAUGGUUACAUCCCCAAGUACAACCCUGCUGCUAAUGAGUAUGGAUGCGUUGCUGAUACACCAAACCUUCUCUAUGCUUUCAAGAUCUUGGAUCGUGGAGCACCAGAUACCAUUGUGAGAGAGUUCAACGGACUUCCUUUCAACGCUACCCUUGCUAUUGAUAACGCUGCUGAUCUUGAGCUUGUACAGCAGCCAGGUGCUGAUGGUUUCAGAAUUGCCAGUGAUGCUCUCUUUGAGGUUGACUAUGGCCGUACCUGGUAUCUCCACUCCAUCUAUUCUAUGCGCUCAUCAGAAUCAUCCGGCAUUGGCAAACGGGAAACUGAGCAUCACGCCAUCUCCAGCCGACAGAGAAGACAGGCCAAUCCUGAGGCUCUGGUCGACCCUGCACAGGGUCAAGGAACCAACAUGAAGCGUGUUGCUCUACAGAGUUCACAAGAAGUCGACAACAACCUCGGUGGAACUUAUGAGCUAGCACCUAAAGGCACAAAUGUGGUUAUGAUUGCAGUCAUUAUAGGUGUUAUUCUUAUUAUACUUCUUGUGGCACUUGUAAUAGGAGUGGUUGUUAGGCGGCGUCAAGCCAAGCAACAACCUGUUGUAGUGGUUAAUGGUAGUGCAAAGGUUGUCUCAAAUGUCCAUUUUGAUGACAAUACAGAAGUCUAAUGGCUGUAAACCACUUGGAUGUAAUUAUUCCACACAAAAAAAGUAAUAAAAAGGAAAAAUAUUAAUGGCAGAAGAAGAUUGAAAUUUGUAGGGCUUGCAACAUUUAUUGUCACUUGAGAAAGAUCAUUUAAGUCAUGAUUUUUUUUUUAUUGUGAAGAAAAACUUUAAAAUGCUGCCGGACUUUUGAUACAGAUAACCAACUUAUUCUUCUCUACUAUUAGCCAUAAUCUGUAGCAAUUCACUUUUUCUUGUCUCUGCACAUUGGGAAUGAAAAACUGCCAUAUGACAUAUUUUUCCCAGACACGAUGUGAUGUAUGCCCUAGAAGGUUUUUUUGUUUGUAAUUUAUAUAUUUGUGUAUGCUUUGAUCAAAUUGUUUUUCUCUAAUAUAUAUUUACUUGAUGCUAUCUUUAGAAUGAUUACAGAAAAAAUACUCUAGGUUCGCCAAGAGGAAGAGGUUGACAAAAAAGUCUUUUAUUUUUUUCUCUUUUUUUAAACAAAAAAAGAAUUGUGUGUAUUUCAUAAAGGUGCUCAUUUUGUAAAAAGAUAUUAUAGUCUCUAAUUGCGAAUGAAUUUGUAAGAAAUAAUGAAUACUAGGUCAUUAACUUGUAGGCUAGUCAACAAUUCAUAUUGUAUUGAUAUUGGUAUAUGGAACCCUUGCAGUUUUUAUACAAAACUCUCUUUCUCCUCCUGGGCAAUUCACUACUGUUUUUAUCUUAUAGUCUCAUCUAGUGCAAUUUUUUAUAGAAUAGAAUGUGCUUAGCUUUUCUUCUCACAUGUUACAAUUACACCAACAAAAAAAUUAAGUGUAUUUUGACAAUUAGUUUCUCAACUAACAGGCUAUUUUAAUCAUGUGUAGAUAUUUAAUGUGAUAUCAUGCAAAAUCCUAUUGAAAUUGUCUUCUUUUUAAAAUGCAGCACAUGUGUACAUUUUUAUGACAGAAAAAAGGGUUCAGAUUUGAGGACACUCGUGUUUUUAAUGUUUUUAUCAACCAAUUUCCCACUUAGAUUUGAACACAAAACAAGUAGCAUUUGUAGAAAGCAAUUUGUAUAUUAUUGUAAAUCACUCGCAGUGUACUUAAGCAUAUAGUAGGCUAUCGAUAAUGUAUAGACUUGUUUGCGCAAAUUUGGAGCAUAAAGUAUUUCUUUGAUUCAGAAUCAAUUUAGAUCAAUUCACUGUAUUUUAUUGUAGGUAAUGUGUAUUAACAUGAACAUUUUUGUAGCAUAUUCGUUUUUGUAUGUAGAUUGAUAUAUGCAAAGGCAUUUUUUAUAUAUUCUAUGCAAGUCUAAACUAAGUAAAUAUGAUGAGUUUGAUCUUAUUUUUUUUCUGAAUUGGUGCUUCCUAUUGAUUUUAAAACUUCUACUUCUUCUCUCAGAAUCCCUAUUUAUCCUAAUAUAAUAGCCACUGACUUGUAGAUAAUUCAUAACUUAUCUUUAUGUACCGUUAAUGAGCAUUUGUAAGUGCCUUAUUCCUAUUUAACAAAAAAAAAACACCGUUGGUAACAGGGUUGUAUUAUUUAAAGAAUUUGGGUGAUCUUAGUGUUUUUUAUUUUAAUAGAAUCUCUCUCAAUGUUUAUAUAGUCCAUACAUUGUUUAACCAUGACACCUUCAGCAUUUGUAUAUCAUACUUCCCUUUCAUAUAUUUUUUAAAAGAUAAUAAUAACCCAUUGUGGGUUUCAUAGUGUUCAGAUGGCUGCAUCAUGCAGCAUAUUUUCUCUCGUGUGAACCACCUUGCCACUGAAAAUGUGUUAUUUUGAAGCCACCUAUUUCAACGCAUUAGUGGAUUUAAGGAAUGAUUGCCACACAUUUUUUACUCUUUCAUGUGCAAAAUGCUGCAGAUGUACAUUUUAAUGAUGUACUUAACUCAUCCCUCGGUUUGUUUUUUGUUUUAUUUCUUAUGUAAAAUUAUUUUUUUACAUUGUGUGUGUAACCAUUGGCUGUUCUUUGUAUGUCUCUUUGUUAUAAAAUUGUGUUUAAUAUUUUUCUCUUUGUUAUAUGUUUGAACGAGAGCUUUUGCCCUGUUCGAGAAAUCAUGUCUGAAAGUGUCAAAUCCUCCUUUAAAUGACGGUGAUUUUUGUCACAUUAUCUGCCUGGAUUGACCUGUAUUGCCCGAGAAAUGCAGGAUCCGCUGUGAAAAUCAAUCAUUCUGUCUCAUUUUUAGAAUGAAAGUCACACCUUCAGACAUAGUUUUCUUAACCUAUUGUGCACAGCUCAAUGUAGACAGAUUUAAUCCAAUUAAAUGCACUUCAAAAAACUAAAGAAAAUAGGACCAGUAUAAUAAAAUCAAGAGCAUUAUGUAGACAAUGAAUAUGAAUUUCUCACAGAUAACAAUCCUAUGUCUAAUUUAUUUAAAAACCACACACACCUGUCUCAAAUGCCUUUAUAAUAUCAGUGUCUUCCAAGCAUAUCUAUACACUAUAGAUAAGGGUAACCCAUACUAGUGUCAAAUUUUCUGGCAUUUUUCUGUACAUUGAACCAUUUUUGUUGUUCCCUUUGUUAUGAAACUGUAACUUGUAUGAAUUCAUCUUUUUUUUUUACUUUGCACAAGUUAAAACUAUGAGAGACUGAGGAACCUUUGUAUGAUUUAUUGAUACAGUUUAUGAUUGUUUUAAAUCAAACUUGUGCAUAGGCUCGAGGUGGAGGGCUACUAUUUUGUAUUACCAAUAUUGUUCAACAUGUUAAAACAAGGUAUUCUCUCCAAAUUUCAAACCAUCUUAAUCUCUACAAAGAGCAUUCAUAAACGAUUGUCAUCCUGUCUCAUUGUAAUGUAAUUGACUCCACCUAUUCCAACAGAGUUUGAAUAGUUUCUAAUAUAAUACUUUGAAUUGAAGAUGGUUCUGAAAAAUUGUCAAUAAAAUUGUAUCGGCCUGGCGGGGAAAAAA